AUGCUUGAACCGCGCAUCAGAAUAAUUGACUUUGGUGUUGCUUCUUGGUCAGACAACCACCUGUCGGAUGUAGUCCAAUCUCCAGCUUUACGAGCACCAGAAGUCACAAUCGGUGCGCAUUGGGAUGCUAGUAUUGAUAUCUGGAGCCUCGGUUGCCUUAUUGUUGAGUUUGUUCAGGGGAUAGUGCCUUUCUCUGGGGUGGCGUCAAAAUACGGUUCGUGGACGGUUGAUGAUGACCGGCUCGCGAGGACAAUCGAAAUACUUGGUAAUUUUCCGCCUGAGCUUCUUCGAAAAGGAAACAGGACUGCGGAAUUCUUUAACACGAGUGGCGGCCUUCUUCGAAUUUCAGAUCUAAAACCGACGAGUCUUGAAAGACUUAUAGAUGGCACUGAGCGGCCUUUCCUCAAACCCAACGACAUGUCCGACGCUGAAACUCCCAUAUUCAUCGAUUUCCUUCGAGGUAUGCUUGCAAUUGACCCGGCACAUCGAAAGUCGGCCGCAGAGCUGCUGCAGCAUGAAUGGUUUAAAAUGUAA